AUGGCCAUGAAUGGGGUAGACACACGGAUCAACGGUGAAACGCACGCACGACAACAGCAUCACCAACAAUCACUUCCCACGCCAUCGCUAUCGCCCGAUCCAGAGGACCGGACACUCCCCACGGAUGGCCGCAAUCGCGAAGUGCAGCAGCAGCGGCGGCACGAUGGAGCACUGCACCCCGUCACCAACACACAUAAUGGGGAAGUGAAUGCAAAUGGGGAAGAUGCUGUACUCUCAGACGCUCUCCUGUCGGACACCAGCGAGAAGCACCGCCCGAUCAAGCGACCGGGAGAUGGCAGACGCAAGAGCAGUGUGUCGGAACAUGACAAGAUGCUCAAGUUGAGCCCGCGGCAGAUGCAAGAACUCGCCAGUGAAGCUGCAAGCAUACCCGUUCGGGCCGCAACGCCCAUACGCGAGGAAGACGUUGAGGCCGGCGUACAUGCGGACACGGGCCAUGGACACGGCACUGGAUGA